GAAGCAGACACAGGUGGCGCUUGGGAGGGUGGGCGGCUGGCUGGAGUGUUUUGGGCGGCCCUGGUCAGUCUUGCCCCACACACUCUGAUAAUAAGUGUUUCCGUAUUCCCGGCAGCUUCUCCCUGUACCAAGCACCGCCACGCAGCACCAGAGACCAAUGAGUACGUAAGGUGAGCCCAGCGGUGCCACGGAGCACCAGAGAGCCAUGAGUAGUAAGGUGAGCCCAGCGGUGCCAGCCUCACUGCCUUCACAGCUUCCCCCUCCUCCUCCCUACGUAUUCCCGGCAGCUUCUCCCUGUACCAAGCACCGCCACGCAGCACCAGAGAGCCAUGAGUACAUAUGUCUGGAGUUCAAGGACAGGGCAGCAGCAGAGGAGGCAGUGAGGCAGAGGAACAAUUACAAGCUAGACAAGCAGCACACGUUUCUCUGUAAUCUCUUCACGGACUUUGAGAAAUAUGACAACAUACAUGAGGAGUUUGUCGCACCUGUCCCCGAGCCUUAUAAGAUUGGUGAUGAGUAUUUUACAUUCAUCACCAAGUGCCAGGACCCCAAGGCGUGCACGGUGCUGCUCAGGGGACCCAGCAAGGAUAUCCUGAAUGAGGUGGAGAGGAACCUUCAGGACGCCCUUGGAGUGGCCCGGAACUUGGCCCAGGAGCCCCGUCUGGUCCCUGGGGGCGGCUCGGUGGACAUGGCAGUCUCUAACUUCCUGCAGCAGAAGGCCAAGGGGGUGUCAGAGGUGAGGCAGUGGCCCUAUUCUGCUCUUGCCCAGGCCCUUAAGGAUGGAGAGCUUCGGAUACCACACGGAGUGGGGUGAAGGAGCCUUGAGGAUGCCUGAAGGAGGGGCAGUGAAGGAGGGAGGCCUAGAGAUGAAGGAAAUGCAGAAAAUUCCUGCAAUACUGAACGCUUCUCUGGUCAGACUAUCCUUCACUGAAUAUUUGGACCGAGGCUUCGAGAUACGAGCUGAGCAUCUGUUUUUUUUAGUGUUUUGAGGCAGCUUUAAUUUUUUUUUUUAGGUGUUUUUAGGUUGUUUUAAUGUUAUUUUGAGUAUUUUAGGUUUGUGGAAGGAAGGAGAAAGCUUAAAUACAGUAAUAAGGCCGAAAAAAAGGCUUAAAUUGAGAGUUUUAUCAGCCUGGCGGAUAUUAAGCUGUUUUAAGUAUUUUAAGUUACCAGAAGAGUGGAAGCUUAAAUUUAAUACUACAAUAAGCAAAAAGCUUUUUUCUUGCAUUAGGAAGAGAAAAGCUUAAUAUUAUUGAUGUUUUUUUAUCAAUUUCUUUUGAUUUUAUAUUCAGUUUAUUUAUUUGUCAUUAUUUUUAAGAUCAUUUUUUUAUUUAAGAUCAUUUUUUUCAUUUUUCCUUUUUUUCACUUCUUUGACUUAAUAUCCAGUUUAUCUAUUUAUUAUUACUUCUUAGUGUGUCUAAGUACUUGCAAGGAUCAUUUAUUUAAUUAUUAUUAUUUUUAUUUUAUUUUCUGUAUUUUUUUUUUUUAUAUAUAUAUAUAUUUUUUUUUUAUAAUGUAAACUUAUUACAUCAAUAUUCCCGUUUUCUGUUACUUGUUCAUGCCAGGGGUGACAAUAAACAUGAAGAUUA